AUGCACGUGCCUGGGGACGGCAGUUGUCUCUUUCACAGCAUACUCCUGGCAUCUCUAGCGGCAAAGGGCGUAGACGUGACGACGCUCAGCAGAACGUAUAUCAUCCGGAAUUCCAAGAAGCUCAGACAGGCUGCCGUAGAUUACGUCAUCGGACAUAUGAGAACUCCUCUAGGGGGGAUAAGAGGCAACCUGACCGGCGGCGAGCUCAUUCUCAACGAAUACGCGAGCAACAACGUAGACGGAGAGGCGAACAUCAAGGACGGGCCCUCUUAUAAGCGAGUCAUGAGUAGGACCACCACAUAUGCAGGCAACACGGAACUAAUAGCUCUGAGUGCGCUCCUCAAAGCUAAGAUCGUGGUGCACAUAAAGUCGGGGGGCGAGAGCGAGUUCGACACCGCGAACACAAGGGGCCGAAUCCGAGUGUUCAGCUGCAUCCUCAACCAGACGAAGCGCCUGGGCUACCUGAUCAAGACCUUCGACCGGGUUGCGGAGAUGGCGGUGGUCGAGAGCAAGUUCAAAGAUGAGCCCACUCUCGUAAUUAAUUGA